AUGGCCGCACUCCCGCUAGAAGACUACAGGAGGUAUGGCAGGCAGAUGGUCCUCGACGGCUUUGGUCUCUCAGGACAACUCAAGCUGCAGCACGCUUCCGUCGCCGUCGUCGGAGCAGGCGGCCUCGGCUGCCCCGCUCUCCAGUACCUCGCAGCGGCCGGCGUCGGCAGACUAGCGAUCAUAGAUCACGAUGUCGUCGAGCUUUCUAACCUCCAGCGUCAAAUCCUCCAUACCGAACGUACAGUCGGCGUACCCAAGGCCACCUCUGCGGCCGAAGCCGUAAAACAGAUCAACUCCCGAGUCCGUGUGGAUGCCAUCACCACCGCCCUCACGCGCACCAACGCGCUCGCGUCUCUCGCCCCGUAUGACAUUAUUCUCGACUGCACGGACAACCUUCCCACCCGCUACCUCCUCUCUGACACUGCUGUGCGCCUCCAUCGUCCCCUUGUCAGUGGUGCAGCACAGCGAUUCGACGGCCAGUUGUGCACGUACAACCUGGGACCCGGCGAGGGCCCAUGCUUCAGAUGCGUCUUCCCCAAACCGCCUGCUCCGGAGAUGACCGGAGGGUGCGAGGAACUGGGAAUAUUGGGCGUGAUAACUGGGAUCAUCGGGAAUCUACAGGCUCUCGAAGCGAUCAAAAUAAUCACAGGCUUGCAUGAUGGCAAACCGUCCUUGCUCGUAUUCUCUGCGCUCAAUACGCCACCGUUUCGUAGCAUUAAACUUCGCGCACGGCGGCCAACGUGCCCCGCUUGCGGCAAUGAGGGCGAGAAAGUGGGCAGAGUAGAGGAGACAGACUAUGUCGCUUUUUGCGGUGGCGAGCGACCGGACUGGGCCAUCAGAGGACUUGCGCAGGGAGGUCCUGACUCCCGCAUACGAGCUACAGACCUGAAGAAAAUUAUAGAUUCGAGACAGAACGUACGAAUAAUUGACGUGCGACCGCGCACGGAAUUCGGGAUUUGCCACCUGCCAGGAUCGACUAACGUUCCCGUCAAGGACUUCGUAGCUAAUCCUUCAUCCAUCUUACCUCAACUAGCUUGCGAGGACGAGAAGUUGGCAGGAGCCGGAAACAGUGCUACAGCACCGAAUGACGAAGUGUAUUUUGUAUGUCGUCUCGGCAAUGACUCCCAACUCGCCGCCGAGGCUCUGCGGAAUGCGGGCGCAACGGGAGUGGUGAAGGACCUGGUGGGCGGGUUGAGGGCGUGGUCAAGAGACGUGGACAGUAAUUUUCCUGUGUACUAG